AUGUUACGCAGAACCACGCCGAUACUGUUAUUAAAAAAGCAUAAUGUCGGUCCCAUGAUUGAAUAUGCUUCCAGAUCAAUUCACUACAUCUCAGACGUUGAAGAACGAAAAUCAAUAACCAAAGUUUCCGAAUCCCUCUUUCCUCAGUCAUUCUCAAGGAUAUCUAUUGCAGACCAAAAGGUCCUUCCAACUUCGAAGCCGCUAAACGUACAAGUCAAACGAUCUCCACGUCCAGAUGAAAGUAAUGCCUCCGGCCUAUUGUUUGGCGUCUCUACCACAUUUGAUCGCUUUCACGAUUCUCGAACAUCUCCAGUUAGCGAAUGGUCACGCUGGCUCACUAAUGGCCAAGGUGUUUCGAACGGCGCCGGCCUAAUAUUAGCCUUGCUUAACUCCAGCGCCUCCGACAUCGAAUUUGCAGCCAAGCAACUCGCAGACGCCGGUAUUAAUGCCACAGUGUUACCAUCUGAUCCGACGCUAGAUAUGCCAGGACGAUAUGUCGAUCUAGUAAAUAUGUUUUAUAAUCAUCCUACACGCGAUCAACGCAGCUGGUUCGCACUUAUCGACGAUGAUACCUUCUUUCCAUACAUACACCAGCUGCAAAAUACCCUCUCUAAUUAUGAUACAAAAAUUCCAUACUACAUCGGCACUUUUACUGAGCGCAUGGACUGGAUGUUAUAUAACCAUGCGCCCUUUGCCUAUGGAGGAGGUGGUGUUUUCCUAUCUUUCCCUACUGUCAAAAAACUAGUUCAAUCAGACUGUCUAGCAAAAAACUCGGACGGAACGUACCUUCUCCAUGCUGACCAAGGCGAUCGACUCUUGUACAACUGUAUUCAUCAAAACAGUGAAAUCACACUCACUCACUUACCCCUCCUUCAUCAGUUAGAUCAGUUCGGAGAUCCCUCUGGAUUCUAUGAGUCUGGGAAGCAGCCUCUUUCAUUACAUCAUUACAAGUCCUGGCAUCAAUUUUCUCCGCAUCCAACCCACACAAUUGCCGACGCUUGCGGUGAAGAUUGCGUUUUCCAACGCUUCCAGUUCGCAGAUGAAUAUAUCUUAAGCAACGGAUACUCUCUCGCACACUAUCCGAAUGGAAUAGAUUUUAACGUCGAUCAUGUUGAGCACACUUUUGAUGCAGGCGAAAAGAACAAUCCAGAUUUAGAAGAGACGGUAUUCAGCUACGCUUUUGGGCAGAUGAGACCUGGAUUAAGCAGAACAGGGAGGAAAAAGGCAUGGCAUCUCCUUGAUGCAAGACGCGAGGGUCCUGGCAUCGUGAAACAAGUUUAUUUAAAACGUUGGAGUGACGAUAGAUGGUACAAAGAGGGAGAUGCAGCUCCAGACCUGGAUAGUAUCGUCGUCCUAAACUGGAUUCCAUAA